AUGAUAAAGUACCACGUUUCACGUAGUGCUCGUCUUUGGUCAUUCUGGAGCACAUUGCCACAAAGAAUGUUGAAAAAGUAUCCGGAACAAACGAUUUUCUACGCAACAUUCGGAACAGUCACCGUUGUCUUGGGAGCCAUCAAAUUGCGCAAAUAUUUGGUGGAAAGCGACAAACCAUAUUAUCGUGGAUAUUAUGAUGUUGUUCGACCAAAUGAUCCGAUCGCAUUGAACUGGAGAAAACCCGAAGAAUAUCCAGCACCUUAUCUUUUGUCGUCUGUUGAAACUGCUCAUUAA